AUGGCUACAGUCACUGCAAACGGAGUGCAGCAGGAGAAUGGAUUCAGCACCACGAACAGCGCCGGCAGGAUGAACGGGCUCACCAUCGGCCAGAACACUAUUCCAAUGAAGGACCACGACGCCAUCAAGCUUUUCAUCGGCCAGAUCCCCCGAAACCUGGAGGAAAAAGACCUGAAACCGCUGUUUGAGGAAUUCGGAAAGAUAUACGAACUCACUGUACUGAAAGACAGGUUCACGGGAAUGCAUAAAGGAUGUGCCUUUCUAACAUACUGUGCCAGAGAGUCAGCACUGAAGGCCCAGAGCGCCCUCCAUGAACAGAAGACUCUGCCAGGGAUGAACCGGCCCAUCCAGGUGAAGCCAGCCGACAGCGAAGGACGAGGAGAAGACAGGAAGCUGUUCGUGGGAAUGCUCGGCAAGCAGCAGAGCGAGGACGAUGUCCGGCGGCUGUUCGAGACCUUCGGCCAGAUCGAGGAGUGCACUGUCCUGCGAGGGCCUGAUGGGGCCAGCAAGGGCUGUGCCUUUGUCAAGUUCUCAAGCCACGCAGAGGCGCAGGCCGCCAUCAACAGCUUGCAUGGUGGACAGACUAUGCCUGGUGCCUCGUCCAGUCUGGUGGUCAAGUUUGCAGACACCGAUAAGGAAAGGACCCUGCGUAGGAUGCACCAGAUGGCGGGCCAGCUCGGCAUCUUCAGUCCCAUGACCAUCCAGUUUGGGGCCUAUGGCGCCUACUCUCAUGCUGUAAGUCUCAGCCCGGCGGGGGAGGAGACGCAGAUGAUGCAACAGCAAGCAGCCCUGAUGGCAGCUACACAAGGGUCCUACCUGAACCCCAUGGCAGCCAUUGCUGCUGCGCAAAUGCAGCAAAUGGCAGCUUUCAAUGUCAACGGCCUGGUGGCUACUCCCAUGACACCGUCCUCAGGCACCAGCACACCCCCAGGCCUCUCUGCCACAGCCGUGUCCAGCAUAGCCAACCCGAUGGGGGUCAACGGAUUCAGUGCCCUCCCGCCUCAGAGCAACGGUCAUUCCACCUCUGAGACCAUCUACACCAAUGGUAUUCAUCCUUACCCAGCACAGAGUCCAACUGUGACCGACCCUCUCCAACAGGCUUAUGCUGGUGUCCAGCACUACGCAGCAGCCUACCCUGCCGCCUAUGCGCCAAUCAGCCAAGCAUUCCCUCAGCAACCAACCAUCAUUCCCCAGCAACAGAGGGAAGGGCCAGAAGGUUGCAACCUGUUCAUUUAUCACCUGCCCCAGGAGUUUGGAGAUGCGGAGCUCAUGCAAAUGUUCCUGCCUUUCGGCAACGUCAUCUCCGCCAAAGUGUUCGUGGACCGAGCAACCAAUCAGAGCAAAUGUUUCGGCUUUGUGAGUUUUGAUAAUCCAUCCAGUGCUCAAGCCGCAAUCCAGGCCAUGAACGGGUUUCAGAUAGGCAUGAAGAGGCUGAAGGUGCAGCUAAAGCGGCCAAAGGAUGCCAACCGACCUUAUUGACUCGCCUGCUGUCCAUACCCAGGAUGAAGGGCCACAACACCUUAUUUCCACAAGUGCAGUAAAAAGUACAAAGACUUCUUGCUCUGCUACAUAUCAUGAAGGAAGGGUGGUCCCUUGAUCCUGCUGGAAAACCCACUGAAAGAUUGGGUGACCGAGAGAAGGAUCCCAGAGUUGUAUUUUUUUUCUCUUUUUUUAUUUAACUUUUUUCUUUUUUCGCAAAUGCCUCCUUUUUCCCUGUUUUGCUUUGGCGUCUGUGGAAGAAGAUUUUUUGCAGAGACCAACUUUUUGCUGCUGUUUUUUAGACAUGAUGGGGAAAAAAUACCUUUAUAGACUCAUUAUGCUCAAAGCAUGCAUACUGACAGAGGAUAUAGAUAAACACACAUGAGUACAGAUAACAAACCAAACAUACACAUCUAAAGAUACUAUACAGCUGAAAAAAAUGAAAAAUGACAAAAAAAAAUCUACUUUGUACAUGUAUAAAUACGUGCAAAUGCCAAUUCAAGUACUGAAGCAAACACACACACAAACGUACACACAAACCUACACACACCAGCCUGCUGCCAUUUUGGUUUUUGUGCCUACACAGGUGUUGUGCUCUGUGACAGGGCAAGCUCUGGAUUGAAAAAGAAAAGAAGAAGAAGAAGAAGAAGAAGAAGAAGAAGAAGAAGAAGAUGAAGAAGAAGAUGAAGAAAAAGAGGAGAAUCCAGGAUAAUUUACAUGCAUCAUUCCUUAGGAAAUAGGGACCAAAGGACUAAAUGCUUUUUAAAAGAAUAUAAAUAUAUAAAUAUAUAAAUAUAUAUUUAAAAACUCAUACCUUGUAGCUGCAAGUAUUACAACUUACUCGUAGUAAAAAAAACAACCAUUAAAUCAAUAUCCAGUGGCCUACUGUAAGUAUGGAUAAAAAGAAAAUGGAAAUAAUGUAUAAAAAAAGACAUGGAAACGUAGUAUAGGGGCUGAUCUUUUGCUCUGGGUGCUGAUUUAGCACCAGGUUGUAGAAUAGUAAUGUAGACUAGAAAAAAAUGAAGAUUUGCUAACUUUUGCUGUUGUUUGAAAAAAUACUUGAAGUUGUAAUGAAAAGGAAGGUAAACGGAGGGGGAAAGAAGGAAACAUUCAUCUGCCCCCCCGCCCCACGUAGGCAACGAGUCUAUCUCUUGGAUGUUAAGGUUUCAGCCACUGGAUAUCUCGCUCAUCAUGAUGUACAAGUCACUGCACUCUCUGACAGCUAUGAACAGACUGUUCCGGAAGAAGAAAAAAAGAAUGACAAGAGAAAAAGAAAAAAAAGAGUGAACUUAUGUCUGUGUUGGACAGGGUGCAGACGUUUCAGGCUUCUCACUGGCCUUUGUGUUCAAGCGACAAUCCACUGUAAAGACCAAGCAAAAUGGACAUGGGGUGACUUUUGUUGUUUUUUGUUUUUUUUCUUGACCUUUUGUACUGCAACAUGAAGUGUGAAUUAUGAAGCCACAGAAUGUUAAAAGGAGAUGGUUCUAUUAAGACAGAUGGAUAGUCAUGAGGGGAGCGAUAAGAAGGUUGAGGAAGGAGGCGACAGCUACUGAAACUGCCAGCAGAAUGAGCUCCAGUAUUCAAAUGAAUUGGCCCUUAUGGCAUUGGAAUAAAUAGCAUACACCUACUGUAAACAACCAGGAUUACAUAAGUGACAUGUCAAGGAUAUGUGUGUCCACUGGAGCUGCUACAGAACCCCAGACUGAGAAAAAACUCAACCUUGUGUCUUUGACAGAUCCAAACAAACAUUUCUCUGAGGACAAACUCAAUUUACUGUAUUGAUGGCAAAGGAAUGCAGGCUUUUACAGUUCAUUUAGCUCUGUCAAAUAUAAUGUAAAUUCCACUUUGUUCCCUCAAUGGCUUUACUCAUACAUAACUUACAAAAGAAAAAAAAAAGUAUACGGACUACAUCUAGAUUAGAUCUAACCGUCGUUCUUCACCAUCACUCUGCUCGCCUCUAGCCUCUCUGACACUGAUGCCAGGCAGGAGAGAAAUAAAGCUCUCCAGCAAUGUCAUGUCUUGAUUUAGAGUCCUGAAGCCUUUAUUUAGACUGUUCCAAAGCUCUGGAUGCAGGAACUUUCUCUUAAAGCAGAUCAAUAUGUUUGAAAUGAGGCUAGAGGGAGGAGCGAUGCUGUUUAACACAUCCCAAUUUUCUCCAUCGAACACCUGUUCACAUCCCGACACCAGUCCUUUGAGCACUGACCACUGGGCGUUGAGAGGCCAGGAGGGAGGUGAAGAAAGUAAGUCAACAACCACAUUGAGAUCCUCUAAACUGGUGCUUGGAGGUUGAUUCCCAGUGACUUAAUCGAUAAAGUUAGAGGCUUCGGUUGGGUACCUUGUGUUUCAUUCCUAGAAACAUGUCUUGCGUUCCCUCUUGCUCUCAUAUUCCAGACUCUUCCACCCAUUAAGACCAGAUACAUGUAUUUACCUUUUAGACCAGAUGGACCGUUUGUGUGUCAUUUCCUUCAGAGCCAGACAAUUAAUAUAUGAUCCUUCUCCUAACCCGCUGACGAAGGCUCAAUAAAUAAGAGACAUGUUUUCACAAAGAUUAUUGGAAAUGGCUAAAUUUAAAUCUUCUCAAAUGAAAGCCAAAAGUUUAAACUAGCAAAUACUGUUUUUCAUGUCUCUCAUUUCCUUCAGAGGCUGAGAUAAUUAACAUUUUUGUCUGCUUUUUAGGAAACCAUUAGGCUUUAGGGUGCUUUUCUACUUUGCACCUUAGGUCUUAAUGGAUUAAAUGAGCAGAAGGUCUUGAUUUGGACCCACUCCAUGUGCCCCCCUCUCUCCCCCGACCUAAGAUCAGCCAUGCCUUUUCAGAUCUCAGCCCAACUUUCAGCAGGCUCACACCUCGAAACAGCAUUUUCCGGACCUGGCUAAUGUCGUCGCUCACUACCCUUCAAUUAGCUUGUGCACCAGAUUAGGCAUGCUAUUUCACCUUUCCUUCUAAUCACACUAUAAUCACCAACCUCUAUACAUUAGCAGCAACCAAGUGAAAAAUCACCGGGAUAAUCACUUGGACCAAAUGACGGGGGAGAAAUGGUCUCCUGCAUGCACAUGGAUGACAGAAGGAAGAUUAGAGAGAAUUAUGUUUGUGCCUACUCGCUGGCAAGGCUGCUGACAACUGACCUGGCACCAAUUACACUGCAAAAUUUACCCGAAAAGGAGGAUGUGGGAUACAACUUUACAUAUCAUAGCAAGGUGCUGAUAUUAUCAGUAGAUUUACUUUACUAGAAAUUAGAAGAGAAAGGUGGCAACAUGUAUAAAAAUUUAAUUUGUUUCUUUGGCCCCAACAUAAAUUAGGGCAAAACAACUUUCUCUUUAACUGGAAAUCCUCAAUUCUGUGGAAGCGGCUGCUCUGAGGCCUGUGUUAUUGUGCUUUCUCUUUCGGCUCAUAAUUGUGUCUCAACAGUCGCCAGCGAGGCUGCCAUGUUUACAAAAUAACUUGCUCUCCUCUUCCUUCUUUCUCUUGCCCCUACCGGGACACCUGCGAAGCAUCAUUUUGAAGCACAGUGGUUCUUCAGGAUGAAAAUAAUGCCCAUCAAAAUGCUAGCUUUAAAAAAGAAUAUCGUACAUGUAAGUACAUGUAAGGUAAAUCCCAGCCCUUCUUCCUCAGCCCUCAAUACGACUUACGAUGCAGGAAGCUUCAUGAAUUAAUGUGAAUUAUAUCAAAACAAAGCCAUGUUCUGCAGGAUGUUUGUGGUCAUUAUUCAUGUGAAGCCCAAUGAUUCAAUGGCAAAUCUAUACCACAAGCUGUACUAGUUCCCACUGCUAAUGGCAGGUUGAGUUCCCAGUGAGCCAAAAUCCAGCCAAGCCCGUCCUGCUGUCUGCUUGGAUAACAGUGCAGUUUUCAUGUAGCAUCUUUCCUAUGCCAGGGCUAAAUCAGGCGAUGUGAAAUCAGCAUUUCAACCCUAUUGACAAGGGUGCUCUUAUUACUUUUACACCCCAGGGAUGAUGUUAUUGAGGUGACACAUAUUUAAAAAAAAUAUAACAGUGAAAUAGGCUGCAGAAGUAACAAAACAAGGGGAAAAAAAGAAGGUUUAAGAUCUUCCUGUUCCCUCCUUUAUCAAGUUUCUGCCUAUCCUGCUCCAGUCUGGUCUGGUUUCUAGUCCAGGCGGUGUCACCUCUAAGAGCAAUGACAACUGUCAGCCCAGCAGGAACUCACCAAGCUGUUGCCAAACUGCUAUUUGGCAUUUGCCCUCAAAUUUACAACGAGAAAAAUGUAACUUGGCAUUUUACCUGAAGGAAAUUAAUAUGAAUCUAAUUAACUGUGAGAAUAUGCCUGUACACAGUGGAAGAUAUACAGAGGCACAGAGAGUUCUUAUUCAAUAAUCAUUCCAACCAUUUGCUACUCUGCAACUGAUCCAUCUCCUACUCCUACUAACCCUGACCUUGUAUCAUUAAAUAAAAAAUUGUCUGGUCUAUACAGAGUAUAAGGAUAUGGGUAUACUAUGGGUAUAAGUUGCUUAAAAGAUACGUCCUCGAGAGGAAAAGGCCCAGCCAAGGGUAGAACCACUAGAGCAUGUCUACGAAUCUCUAACCCCCUUGGUGCAUAACACUCACCCUAAAAUAGCAGUGAUUGUCAAGGAAAGGUAGUGAAAUGUAAUUGACUGAAAGUGGAGAGAUAAUUAAAGGAACCUGUUGGACAGGAGGGAAGAAAUGAAUGCCUCAUUUAAUAGCUGCUUUGGGAGAGAGCUUUUCCUUCAUCACACUUAAGCGCAAAAAAAAGGUUUCGCUGUAGGGAUUUUGUAUGGAAAAAGGUGGAGGUGGAAAUAGGCACUGGGUGGUUGGGGUGCUGUGUGCUAAACUGAAACUCCACAUAAUCAUUCCCAAUACUCAGGGCAUCAGGCUCCAUGAUGUCACGAUUAGUGGAGAGGUUCAGAGCCUUGCGUUACCCCGGAUUCUAAGGGACGUUGAGCUGAAUCACUAACAUGGUCAGCAGAAGCGGUGAGAUGGCAUUCAGUCGCAGGGAGUGCUGAGCCAACCGAAGGGCUGACGAAUCCCCUGCUUUAGAUUUACAGUAUCGUCAUCCAAUUCCAAGACUAACAAACAAACACAUUAACAAUGAAAGAAACAAAAAAAUGCCAUCGUCCAUCUAAAAAAUGCAGUAAAUCCCUGGAGGCGUGAAAUUUAAGAAUGUGGCUGAGAGUGAUGUAGACAAAUACUUUUUUUAUUCCUUAAUGUAAAUAGCCUAUAAAAUACAAAAACAGAAGGCGGUUGUAUAGCAGCUUGUGUUGAGAAGCCCAACUCUGUGGGACAAUGAUGUCACUAUAUAAUGUAUCCACAGCAGUGCAGGGAGAGUUUUAGUCCUUUUAAGCCCCUUAAGUUUGGGCUGUGAACAUGCAUCCUACAACCCUAAGUGUCAGACCAUGGCUUAGACAGCAUUUGACUUAGUGUCAAACCUAAGCCACGGCCCCCAAAGUGAUCAGUUAAUUAAGAUUCUGUGUACGCCGACAUGUCUUGAUUUUUCUGACAGAAGAAGGAUCGCCUGUGCUGUAAUUGGAUUAGUCCAAUUGGGGCUGAUGAACAGAUAUGACAGUGACAGUAGAGUUCAUCCAUCUGCAUGCUUACUGCUCAACAGUGCAGCAAAAGAAAAAAACAUAACAAGGAAAAAGAAGAAAAAAACACCACACUUUUGCAAAUUCUUUGGGAGUGAAUAUUUUGGCUUUAAGGCUUUAAAGAAGAUCAUUUUACAAAAUUAAACUCCAGGUAACACUUUGUUCAACAUGUAAAUAAACCAUUUUUUGGGGUAAAAAAAAAAGAAAAGUUUCAUUUACAACAACCCCCUGCUUGCUUGACCCAAUCUGCCACUGCUCUUCUGACCAUACAGUUACUUCUGUACAUACAAUAUAGCUUAUUUUUCAAUUCUGUUCAACCUUCUUUAUAGGCCGUAAAAUAGAUCAUGUUCAAACAUUUAAAAAAAAGUUAAAAUAAUAGUUAAUAUAAGAAAAUUAACCUAUGAAAUAAUUUAUCAAAAAGAAGAUAAAGUGAUUUUAUUUCUUGUACAGUGAAGCACUGAUGUUCAAAAAUGGGAUUUUAUACUCAUGUUGGUAAAUUGUUCUUCAGUUUCUCUUUUAUUUUGUUAUUAUCGGCUGAAGCUGGGAAAGGCCCAUUGUCAUGAGGUUUAUUCGAAUAUGCUUUGAUCUUUUAGUUUUUUGGGGGGGUUGCACAAUCUAUGUCUGACAUCCCUAGAGAAGGAGAAAGUUCAGAGGGAUUUUGCCACAGAAAGAUCUUAAAAUCAAUACAAGAAUUAACAAUCUGCACUGUAAAAGAAUGGUUGAUGGUACUGGUCAUGUGGAUUCCGAGAAAAAGAGUCCAUUGCACAACUGUGUUCAAAUGAAUCAGCAUUGCAUGUUAAAAAAUAAUCUCAUCUGAGGCCUUUUAUUGUUUUGAGAUAAAUAUAAAAAAAAUGAUGAAAAAAAACAAACUUGAAAAUAACUUUUUCAGCCAGGUUGGUAGACCUAUGCUUGUCAUAUUUCAUGUCUUCAAGCCAUGAAUGGAUUCCUGUAAUGAACCUCUCUUAAUGUAACUGCUUUUCUUUUAUUUUUUUACUGAUUUAUUUCUUUUGAAGGGCUGGUGGUAAUCAUUGACAUAUCUCGGUUUUAGUUCUAUGGUUUCUUUCUCAGUUUGUUAUUAUCUAAUGUGACUUCAUCCACUGAAGACAUUGUACCGACAGUGACAGCGCCACUUUGUUUUGCUCCAGUCAGGUUGAUUUUGUUAAUCUGAGGAGGGAAUUCUGCCUUAAACCCAGCCUGUUCUCUUUGACAGUACUACCUGUGAACAGUGGUCGGACACACUGUAUUAUGGGGAUGCCAAAUGCUCUAUCUUCAAAAGUCAAAAAUCUGUUGCAAAGACAAAAAACACCUCACUACAGUCAGUUUUGCCUCAAACCCAUUUUGACAUGAAUAAGGAUGUGGUUAUGCACCUCCAUUUUUCAUUGGUUAUAAGGACCAAAAUGUAAACAAACUCAGCCAACUGAGUAGUUUGCUCCAAUCAAGCAUUCAAUGAGAGCCUUUAAAGAAUUCACAUUUAGCCAUAAGUAAUUUUGCAUCCAUGAUCUUUGUAUCAUGAAUCAUUACAUUCCCAGCUUCACUUUAUCAUCCUCUUCAUUUGUUCUCAUGCACAAUCCAUUCAUCAUAUGAUAUUUAGGUAUUCAUGUUCACAAGGUACGGAAUAAUCAUAUCUUUGAAUUAAACAAACUGGGUUUCUGUUUUCUUUUUAUCUGAAACAGAGAUGUAAUUUGAAUUAGCGUUGGUUCGGGUCUGUUUCCCUGAUCCGGAGUGAUAUCUCCUUUAGUGCUCCUGAACUCUGUAGUUCUCUAGUUCAUUAUAUUCUGCUUAGACUAAAAUAAAGCACAGUCCUGUAGAA